AUGACGGACGCGUCGGCAGAACAAAGUCGAGUCCAAAAUCCUCGUUACCUCGUCACGAAGGCAGUAUGGCCACCACCGUCAACAUCAGCUAUCCAAUCCGGAGUGCAACUUCCCAUUACAACUGUUACUCAGGCAGACGACCAGACGAUGACCGAGGACGACACCGAAGUCGAAUUAAACGUGUCCAUCAAGUACCCGUCACUUCACCCUCUCCUCGCUGAAGACGCCAGCCCUCUAAAAUAUGAUCUGAAAUACGAACCAUCAAACUCUAUCCCUCUCUCUAUUUCUCACAAAUACCGCACCAGUCCCGCACAGAAAAUCCCGACGCGUAGCCUCGAAAUUGUCUCCAAAGACUUUCCAUGGCAGAUUAAUAUUAUAUCGGACGAAGAGGUGACAUGCGGAGACAUCUGGCAAGCCCUGUACCUAGCACUACAAGAGCCUAUCCGUGACUCGGAGUGGGGUCUUAUGAUCAUGCUAGAGGGGGGAGCUCGCAGGGCGAUCAUUGUCGACGCAGAGAAGAAAAGAUUCGAACAAGAUCCUUUGGAUGAACGAUCCCCGAAAAGGAUCGAUUUUCUGGGAGACAAGACGUUCUUCGGAGGGUUGGAGAGGGAUGACGAUUUUUCGCAGAUGAGGCAUCUACCAUAUUCGUUUCGGGAGACCGAGACUUGGGUGGUGAAACUUAUAGGUCCUUAG